AUGUCUUCAUCUCCGAGUCGUACCUCACAUGAAGUUGAGGGUAUUGCUUUCCUUGAAAAGGAGGCAAACCGGAAAAGAAACUCAUGUAAUCUAAAGCUGCACUCUAACUCCUCUAUUAUCCUCGCUCUGCUCUAUGUUCUUCUGUUUACUGUUGUUAUUGGUUGCUAUCUUAAGAGCCUAGAUCCAGUCGCCAGUUAUCGCCGAACCUAUGGGCACUCACCUCUCUAUGGCCGAAUCCAUCUUCAACCAUAUCAAACAACUGUCAACGGCACCAUCUGGCCAUCUACAGAUAGUGGUGUUGCUAGGCGUUUCCCCAAUCCAAUCGACGAGGUUACAUGGGAUGAGUGGGAGAUUAAGAAUAUAAUUCCUAUUACCUCUGCCGAGAUUAGGAGAAUGGGGAAAGACCCUGCUACAGCAGCCAAACUGGAGGACUCAAUCUGGAGUUUAGGUAACGAUGCAUACGCUGGUACCUUGGAUUUGUUUCAUCAGAUACACUGCCUCAACCAACUGCGCAAGUAUGCAUAUCGUGAUUAUUACGAUGUGAAGACUGCGAAUGCGAACCCACAGAACAGGACUAUGCAUGAGAUACACACAAACCACUGUGUUGAUAUUCUCUUGCAAGCUUUGCAAUGCUCUGGCAAUCUGCGUCAGUACCCCUUCCACAAAUGUCUGUUAGCUUUGAGGCCCUUUGCUAAAUAA